CCUGAAGAAGAAGAAAAGCUGGCAGGAAACUUGUGGGCGGGACGAUGUGUUCACUAAAACCCUUCCAACGUGCGAGACAGCCGUGAGCUGAAGCAUUCUAGCUUUUAAACUAUUUUGGUCUUUGGAGGAGUGAGAGGAGGAGACGCUGACCUCAGACGUUGACCUUCUGCUUUUCAGGGAGCCCUUCCCACUCUGCAGAGAUCACGGGGAGUGACUGUGACAGGAGGAAGGGGACACGCAGACACACACGGACACACACAGAAGAAGGAGAACUUGAUGUGUGUCAGGACGCGGACCCCGGGGACAAACUCGGUCUGGUUCUCUGGGAUCCCGAAGCGCGCGCGGCUGUGGAGGGGAAACUCGCGGGAGCAUGCGGCUCGGUUCGGUGUUCAGGCUCUAUGUGCUGUGGGGCUUUGUGGUGGUCACGACCUCCGUGACCAAGACUGCCAAGAGGAAGGCUGCAGGUCGAAGAUCCAGACAGGCUUUUGAGGCGGAGCCUGUAGAGGGGGUGUGGUCUGUGUGGGGGGAGUGGUCAGAAUGCUCUCAAACAUGCGGAGUGGGCGUUUCACAAAGGAACAGGAAGUGCUUACCCCCUCCCUUCCCCCAGACUCCACCCCUCUCUCAUUCUCCCCCAAACUGGGCGGGGCUUUCACACAGAAACAUCGGGGGACCUGAGGUCUCGCCCGUCAACCCUUUCUACCCUCCUCGCUACCCGGGGCAACACCCGCCUUAUCGCGGCCAUAACCCUGGAUUGCCUUUGUAUCGGAACGUCCCCGCCGGAGGAGAAGGGCCUCCCGUUUCCGGACAGAACAACCGCUCUCCUCCUUUCUACCGUUCAGAAUUGCCUCCGACCAGUCGAGACCCCGCUCCAGGUUACAGACCGCCCUACUACCCCGCCGCGCAGGGCUACGACCAGCCGGUGAGGAUCGUCAGGAGGCCGACCAAUCCCGGAGCAGAGAGAGCCGGGGGAGGCGGGAACAGGCGCUCUGUCUCAUCCAGCCGGGAGGGGUUACCUUCGAGAAGGUCCUCCAGCAUCCGUCCAGGUCAGUUUGGGUACGGCAAGGUUCCCUUCUCACUGCCUUUGCAUCGCACCAACCGCCAGGCUCGCCACACCGCUAACGGCACCGAGGGAGCUCUCCAGGUGAACACCGACGAAGAAAACGUCAGGAGCCAAGAGGAGACCGACGAGGAGGAGAUCCGAGAGGCGCCCGCUGCCGAGGAGGAAGCCAUCGUCAGCGCCACUGAAAGGCCUCGCCCACGCCUGGACAGACCGUCCCACGCAGAGCCCAGGAUGAGCAGAGUCCAAGCCCAGAACCCCCAGCAGCGCCCAUCGUCUCCGGCUGUCUUCGUCAACCGCCACCGCUUCGACUGGAGCUCCGUCACGGCUCCUCCCCCUCCUCCUGCCUCGCUGUCGCUCCCGCGCCAGCGCUCUGCUCCACUCUUCUCCUCUUCUCUCCACCGGCUCGGCUCCGUGAGCAGAGACCCUCAGCCGGACUUCAACCCUCAACCGCCACCGCCCUCAGGCAACAGUUACCCCUUCCAACACACGCCUCACCCGGGGGUGGAGUCUGGGAGGCACGGAGGAGGAGGAGGAGGAGGAGCUCUUCGGGUGUUCAGAUGCCCCGGGCCGGAGAAGGAGUACCGCAGGUGUUUCUCACAGGUGUGUGGAGGAGGUGCGUUGGACUCCAGAGUGGAGCAGUGCGCAGCCUUUAACACGCAGGAGUUCAUGGGUCGCCUCUACAACUGGGAGCCGUUUACUGAAGUUGGUCCAGAGAAGCAGUGCGAGCUGACCUGCAGACCCGCCGGCUAUCGAUUCUACGUCCGUCAGGCCGAGCGCGCCAGAGACGGGACGCCCUGCUUCAACGCCAGCUCCAACGAUGUGUGUGUGGAGGGACGGUGUCUGACCGAGGGUUGCGACGGGGUGCUGGGCUCCGGCGCUCUGAUUGACAAGUGCGGCGUGUGCGGUGGGCGGGACUCCUCCUGUCGAAAAGUGACGGGAAGCUUCCAGAACGUCACGGUUCCCCUCGGGUACCACAAGAUCCUGGACGUCCCAGCCGGAGCCACGUUUAUUAACAUCACAGAGAGACGAGCCAGCCCCAACUACCUGGCGAUGAGGAGCGGUACGGGGGUGUCCGUGGUGAAUGGACGAUGGGCCGUGGACCCUCCUGGGGACUACCAGGCAGGAGGGACUACUUUCACCUACACCCGACCCAGAGCGCAGUCAGAGGGGGAGGAGGAUCGAGGCGAGUCCCUGAGGGCACGAGGACCCACCACAACACAGCUGCAGCUUUAUAUCAUUUUCCACAAGGACAACCCGGGCAUCGAUUAUGAGUUCUACAUCCCGGUGGAGAAGAAGGAGGGCGAGAGGGAGGGCCUGCCGGAGAGGGAGGCACCGAGGGCACCUCUGCGCAGUCCCCUCACUGUGUCUGUAGAGGAGUCUCCUCCUAUUUCAGUCCCUUCUUUCCCCUCCUCCUCUUCAAACUCGGUGUUUUCUCCACCGUCGUUUGACCGCUGGCCACCUGAGAGGACCCGCCCUCGAGGAUUGGGGCCCAACAGGAACGCUCGGAUCCCCCCUCGGACCGACCUGCCGCCCGACACCCAGCUGCCCUUCGUUUGGAGGAAAGGAGGUCUCACGGAGUGUUCUGCUUCAUGUGGAAGAGGCUCUCAGCACAGAGAGGUUUUCUGUGUAAACCGUCACACGGAUGAAGAAGUACCAGAGACCAAGUGCGACUCGGCAGCCAAACCUGCUGCUGAGGAGGAGCCUUGUAACACUCAGUCCUGCCCGCCAUUCUGGGAGGCCAGCGCCUGGUCGGAGUGCAGCGUUUCUUGUGGGCCAGGAGUUCAGCAGAGGCAGCUCCAGUGCAGGCAGAGCUUUGGAACGCGCUCCACCAUGGUCCACCCUCAGCGCUGUGCCCACCUCACCCCACCAGAGUCCACGCAGGCCUGUGAGCUCCGCCUCUGCUCCCACUGGGAGGUCAGCUCCAACUGGAGCACGUGCUCCGUUGACUGCGGGAUGGGUCGAAGGACGAGGAGCGUCCGCUGCGUCAGCGAUGAAGGUGGCGUGGUGAGCGACAACGAGUGCAACUCUAGGCUCCGCCCACAAGGAAGUGAGGAGUGCAACAUGGGCCCCUGCGUGACCAACUGGUACUUCACUGACUGGUCCAACACCUGUAACGUACCGUGCGGGGAUGGAACCCAGAGACGGGACAUCAUUUGCGUGAAGAAGCUGGGCAGUGACUUCAGCGUGGCCUCAGAAACGGACUGCGCUCACCUGGAGAAGCCGGCGGCGGUGCAGGAGUGCAACCUGGGCGAGUGUCAGCCUCAGUGGUUCACCACGGAGUGGAGCGCGUGUUCCCGGUCCUGUGGGAGGGGCUUACAGGUGAGAGAAGCUCGAUGUCUGACACCUGACAAACAUCACAGCCAAGCGUGCGACCUCAACACCAAACCUGAGCAAGAACAGAUCUGCAACACGAUACCCUGCGGACCACAAGUCGCAGACCCCCACCCCUUCCCUCGGAGAGGACAGGUCUGUAGAUACGGACAGCUCAGACUCGGUUCACAUUUAGGUAAAACACUGUGAAAGCAGCUGCUUCCUCCUGCCAGAACCCCGUCAUAUAAACUAUCUCUCCCCCGGAGAGGUGUAUCUCUCUGUGCUUCAGCUCGCUGCGGGCAUUAACACUGAUGUCGUCCUUUUUCCACUCCGAGGCUCUUUUUUUGUCACUGCCAGCCUUCGUUACACCCCUCCUUUUAUAAAACACAUGGUCAGAAAAACUUCUACGACCUGCUGGCUGCGCCCCCUCAGCCAGACUAGAAGGAUUUUUAUUUUUACAUAUGUGCUUUCCCUGUUUGCCAAAAAAUAUUUCCUUUGUCUUUUUCUAUUCAGUAUUUUUGACUGAACCAAAGGAGGGUGUGGGGGAGCAGAAGUGACCAAAUAAAUGUGCAGAGUUGAGAUUCUUCCCAAAGAAGGGAUAAAUGGUGAGAAAUGUGGCGACUGUUGGUUGAAAAAUGGUGGCGAUGGGAAAAAGGGUGCACCCAGAUACGGUUGACAAACUACAGUUUGGACUCUCGCCACAGAGAAGCGAGAUAUUAUUUUGUAAGCAUACGUAGUUUUUUUGUGCUUCCAAUCUGCUCAUAAUGAAAGUGAGCUAGCGCCACCUACAGGUAGCUGCAGUUUCUCCAGUUUAAAGCUGAAUUCUGAUCAAAACAAACAAAAGGAGAGGAAAAAACAGAACAUAAAGAAGGAGUUUCCUUCAAUUAAAACAGAUCCAGCUGCAGCAGCUUUUCGUAGCUUUGACCAAAACUAACAUUAAAAUAAAAAAUGUUUAAUUUUAUAACCAUGGCAGGAAACAUAAACUCAUUCUGACACAAGAGCCGACCAGCGUGUCUUCUGUAAAACAUUUGAAUAAAAGUUGAAGUAAGUGAAGGUUUCUGCCUUCAUGACAGGAAAUAUAUCGAGUCACGAUAAAACAUCCAGACAGGCCUAAUUUUAUCUUCACUUUCUGCUUUUUUUAAUCUUUUUUUUAAAAGUGGGACAUUUUUGUUCAUAGUUUUACACAAAUAUAUAAAAAGCUCACAUAGCUGCUUUGAUAAGUGAUUUAAUCAAAACCUUUUCCUUUCUUUGUCCUAACGUGUAAAAUACCAAUAACUGUCAACAGUUUAGCAUCAGUCUUUAAUUUCAGGAUGUUACAAACUAAUCUAUAGUAUUUUUAUUUUAAUAAGACUUGUUGUUUCUUUAUUUUUAACGUUGAAUACAUUCUGUGCUGCUGGACUGAUUUAAUUCAGCAGAAGAAGCAGAAACUGAUUUUUUAUUCUCAGUGAUGCAAACUUGUAAACUAGAAUCAGAGGUGCCAUAAAGGGGGGAUCAAAGGGGGCAAUGGCCAACCCUGAAAUAAUUUUUAUGAACUUAAAAACAAACAUUGUUCUUGAGCAAUUCGAAGUUAAAAAUGAACAACUCAAGCAGGAAUUUAUACAAAAAAACACAAAAGUUUUGGCCUUUUAAAUGUCUUAGUUGCAGAUUCUUUUAUUAAAUAUGAUUAUUUUAUGAUGAACCAACUAAAAAACAAAUUUCGUUACACUUGAGCACAUUUCUUAGACAGAGUCAGUGUUUUAAAUAACUUUUAAAUGGAGCACGGUAAGUCAACGUUAGUUUAGUUAAUUGAUAGAAGUGAUUUCUCGACAAUAAGACCAAC